AUGUUUAAAUGUGGCGAUGAUCUUCAAAGGACUCAGGCCUGGGUUGAGGCUAAUAGUCAGCAGAAGUAUAGCACUAGAAAGAUGUACAAGAAUUUGCAGGGGAGAAAGCCAAAUGUGCCUUGGAGAAGGGUAUUUUUUGGUAAUAGUGCCAGACUGAGGGCUGCGUUUAUUCUUUGGCUUGCUUGCAGGAACAGACUGCCGACCAAGGACAGAAUUAGCAAAUUUGGAGUGCAAACUGAUGGGAAGUGCAUAUAUUGUGGAGAUGAGGAAAGCUGUCAACACCUGUUUUUUGAGUGCAGGGUAACAAGGCAUGUAUGGCUGCAAGUGUUGAAUUGGCUGAAGCUUCCCCAUACGCCCCACAGGUGGGACUUGGAAUUAGAAUGGAUUAGCAAAACUGUCAGCAAAAGCAAUGUUAGAAGUAAAACUCUACAAUUGGCGAUAGCUGAAGUAGUGUAUGCUGUUUGGAAUGUGCGUAACCAUAAGAUUUUCCAGGAUGACAGUCACAUGGAACUGGAUAGCCACCAGAUUAUACAAAAUAUAAAAUGGAGAUUGAGUGGAACUCCUAAGUUGGAAGCUUAUUGCCAUACCCUUGACAUUGAUUAG